AUGAACAAUUCCCUGGAUUAUCUGGCCUACCCUGUUAUCGUCUCUAAUCAUAGGCAAAGCACAACCUUCAGGAAAAAACUGGAUCUUGGCCACUAUGUACUUCACAGGAAUAGAAUACAAAUAGUGAAGCCCGCGGUCGAUACCAAACCUCCAAUGGCACACACACAUCACAUUUUAAAGUUGAGCAGACUACAGGGUGAACAAAAGAAAAUCGACAAAAUCGAAUAUGAAAAUAAGCAACUGUGUCAGAAAAUUGCCAAUGCCCAUCGUGGCCCUGCCAAGGUGGACUGCUGGAAUGAAUAUUUUUCCAAAAGCUUAAACAGAGAAACGAGGAACCGCGAACUAGUGAGAAUUACUGUGGAAAACCAGGGCAUUCUGAAGAGGCUUGGUGAUCGCAAACCCCACUAUGACCGCAGUGCAUCUGAGAUAGACUGGCAGAAUUCAAGGCGUUAUAUCAGAAAUACAACAAGAUAUCUUCUCUCCCAAGGUGAAUAGGCAAGGUUGGAAAACCUUGGAAAAGACACAAGAGAAGAUCCUAGGAUUUCUUGGCUGCUCAGACUCUUGAGACACUCCAGAGUGGCUGAAGGCUCAAUCUUAGGAUGCG